CUCUACCUCAGUCUUCACCUUGGCUUACAGCUUACGUCUAGCCGUUUUGUCGACCACUCUUGCUUGCGUGAAUUUCUCCAACUCCUUCCAACUAUGGUGUACUAUGCCAUGCAAAGAUGUCGGGGCCAGAGAUUUCCUUGGGCACUUCAAAAGAUUCGAAGAUUAUUAUACAUUUGGAAGUCUCACAUUUGAUCUAGUGCCAGCUAUUCUUCUUUGUGUGCUACUUGUGCUUUCCGAGGCGAGGAAUAUUGCUUCCCUUUUGUUCUCUAACUGGACCAAAGUUGUUGUCAUCUGCCGCUACCUGCAACCAACAAAUCAUCAUCACCAGACCACAUCUUCGUCUCCUGCUGCUCCUCCAGUUGAUAUGCCAAGACGACGACGACGACGAUCAUCAUUGGUAAUUGGAUGCUGAAGCUUAUUAUUGCGAUGCAGUUGCAAGCUGGUGAAUAACCCAUGGAAGGACAACAUCAACCUCUGCUCAAUCCUGGACAUGCAUCGUCCAACAGCAAAGUGGUCGCCGCUGCCGGAGAAAACCAAGAUCGUCAAGGUGCCCGACCAAGUGAAGUCCGCCAUCGUCGCCAAGCUCAGGAGCAGCAAGGGGAGCCUGCAGCUGACCAAAGCAUGCACGGCGUCUCUGCAUCUGCAGGGCAGCGACAGCCAGCUGCUCUGGGAGGAUGUGACAGCCACAACCGACGUCCUCCUGGUGUGCCACAUCGCCACCACCAUCCUUGAGGUGAAGUAUCCAAAUCCAAGUACAACUGCAAGCUCAAGCUCUGACAGCAGCAACAGGGUUGUUGCCACUCACCUGUCAGGCUACUGCGCCUACCUGGUGGCCUGCUGUCCCGAGCUGCUCCCCGACGACGAUGGCUGGAGCAAGGACCUGUACAAGGCCGUCAAGGCAGACGCUCGCCGUGCUCUCGCCGCCGGUCGUGCUCCACCGGAGUACGAGAAGCUGGUCCGAUUGCUCAGCGCAGGCUGCAGGCACAAGGUGUUAAGGAAUGGCGCGCAGCUCGCGGAGCAACUGGUGGCGUUGGUCCAAAACCAACAGGAGGAGGAGGAGGAAGGGAAUAAGGCGUGGGGGGUUCUUGCGGAGUUUUGGUCGGAGAUCAUCCUGUACCUGGCGCCGUCCGACAACCUGGACGCCCACGCGGCGGCGAGCUCAUCACGCUGCUCUGGGCGCUGCUCAACCACGCCGGCAUCGUCUCCAGGCCCGCCGCCGCCGCCGCCGACAACGAGACUGCGGCUUCUUCAUCUGCUGUUUAAGUUUAUUUAAGUGCUGGUUAAUGCGUGUUUAAUUUCUUUGCAUGGCUUUGUUGGCUGGCUCUUUGUGUUCGCUACCUUUCUGUGUCUGCUGCUUCUGAUUGUUUCCCUUUGAUUAAUGCCAAGUGUGUGGUUAUUUCUGAGUUGGAUUGAUUCAAAAAUUGGACAUUAGUUUGUA